AUGAGUGCCAGCCCACUCACAUCCAUCCCCUUCGACGUCUUCGAGGCGCUGACAAGGUCGGCAGCAGAUGAAGACAUCCUAGCGCUCUCCCUCACAUGCCGCAAAUUGUGGGGCUAUGCCGACGAGCACUGGCGUCGCAGUCUCGCGACUAACCCGAAUUGCCCGCCGUACCUCCUCACCUCUCUUCCCUCUUCCUCUUCAUCUUCAUCUCCGGCCUCGAGCCUAACAUCCUCGCGCCUCUACUUUGGCCUCAAACACCCCAGGGUCUACAGUUGGGGUCCCCAUGCCGAGCAGCUCCUCAAUAUCGGUGGGACGGCUGAGACGCUAUCGACCAAGACGGUGGACGCGAUAACCCCCGUGGAAUUGACGUCACGGUUCAUGCGCCAUCCCCCACUCGUGGGGAUUGCGGACGUGGGAACACGCCUCGUUGCGACAGACGCAGCUGGGUCCGUGUGGGAAUGGGACCGGAGCAGGGGGAUGCCUGGCCGCCCGACGCGGCUAUGGCUAACCGAACCCGUGGCAGAGAUCGCUACAGGACCAGGAGAGUAUGUGGUGCGCGACGUGCAAGGCAACGUGUGGGCGCUGGAAAGACAAAACCUGGGACCGCGCCGCAUUGCCAUUCUUCCAGCAACCCAGGUCGCAGCCGGAAACAGCGUCAUGGCUGCUCUCUGCGGCGGCGAGAUCUGGGUAUGGUAUGUCGAGCGCGUGCCGAUCGGUGUAUUGGACGAGGAGCGUGAUGAUCCCGUGCCGGCCAAAUUGGCGCCGCCGCCACGACGCGAAGAGUGGCGCGGAUGGAGAGCGGAUGGGGAUGGGCCGCGGACGAAUCGCGCGGCGUUCGAGAGACAAUGGGUCGAGAGGGGAGGCGAGCCUGGUCGCUGCUCCGGCAAUCUCUCCACGCCGUCCAGCCCAAGUUGUCCUACAUCCGCCUCAUCCGCCUCAUCGGACCACGACCCCGACGACGCCGAACGCAUCGUCCGCAUCGCGUGUGGAUGGAAUGACGUGGUAGCCCUCAAAGCGAACGGCGAAGUGUGGAUCUCAUGGCACUCCAGCUGGGACUUUCUAUCCCACUUUUCCCGUCCGGACAACUACGACGUAUCCAUGAACCUCUCUACGCUGGCAGUCUUCACCGCGUCGGACCCUUGGCCGCACCUAGCGACGCACAACUCACGUGGAACGAACCCGCACCCGCCACACGCCAUGUGGCUCGGUCCCAGGCCGUCUGAUCGCGUCGUCGGCCUCGCGAUGGGGCGAGACCAUUGCAUCGCCCUCAGCCAGGCGGGUAAGGUAUAUUCGUGGGGAAGUGCAGAGCGGUCGCUCCUAGGUCGGCCGGCGGGAGGAACCAACGUCGCUGCAGCCCGUAUCAUGCUCCACGACGACUGGGCCGGCGGUCGGGAAGAGCCCUUUGUCGUCGAUGUUUACCUGGCUCCGUACGUGGGGCCAUCUCGGUCUAUAUUGAGUCCCAUGCUCGGAUACAUGGGCGCUGGGAGAAAGGCCGAUGCCACUUGGACAACGCUUAAACCUGUUAACAGCUGGCUGACUGCCACCAUUAGCUCUCCAAACUUUGCAACUGUCGGCCCCAAGCUCCUCCCUUCCCUCAGACCCACUUUCUCCCAGCCCCGCACCAUGGUCGCCUCCACGCACGCCACAUUCAAGUACUUGGACCCCGCCUCCGUCCCCGACGGCGAGAAGGCGUGGAACAAGGUCGACGUCCGCGCCUCAUCCUUCAAGGACAUUGCCAUCGACCGGCCCGUCUACAAUGCGCGUGACGACGUCGACGACUUCCGCGACGUCGACCGCACCGGCUUUGCAUUCCACACCUACCCCUCCUCCGUCUCCGCCGAGACAGUCCUCGCCGACGGACCCGAACUCCGUGACGCCUACUAUGCCGAAAUUGAGGCGGCUCUUCGUGCCAAGCUGGCAACCGGGGACAAGGUGACGCGCGUUGUAAUCUUCGACCACACGAUCCGUAUCCGCGACCCCAACUCGGCCCGCCAACCCGUCCAAAGCGUACACGUCGACCAAACUCCUAAUGCGGCAAUCACCCGCGUGAAGAGGCACGUCACUGAGCCGGGAGAAGCUGAGCGACUACUCAAGGGCCGUUUCCAGCUCAUCAACGUCUGGCGGCCCCUCGAGAACCCAGCCUCGGACCACCCGCUUGGCGUGAUCGACUGGCGCACGGCCGACGAGACUGACCUCGUUGCAACCGACCUGCUGUAUCCCGUGUAUGAUGGGUAUGAUGGCGAUGACCGGGGACGUGAAGUGCGUCCUGAUGCGACCAAGCUCGCUUCGACUGAAGGAUACGAGGUGCGCGGCGAGACGUACAAUGUCCAGCCGAAUGACAAGCACCGGUUCUACUAUGUCAAGGAUAUGACUCCAGACGAGGUCAUGUUCAUCAAGUGCUUUGAUUCGGCUAGCGAGGGCGUCGCCGGAAACAAGGGCGUCGCGGGGUUCACGCCACACACAGCUUUCUCGGACCCCAACACGCCCGCAGAUGCAAAGCCGCGCAAGAGUAUCGAAGUACGCGCGCUCGUGUUCUACGAGUAG